AUGACCUCGAAUCUGGCUUUAGCAGGUUACGUCUUGGUUCCGGCGACCGAAGCACAGGACCUCGUGGCUACCGAGCGCGAGUGGGUCGAGUGGGGCCAACCCCUAUUGACACAAGAUCAGUUCAUCACCCGCGAACAGAGCGUUCUUGGCUCUUCAGAUUUUUCCACCACCCGCCGACAGCGAUGGGUGCUCGUACCUGCCGACGAUACCAUGACUCUAGACUUCUUGGCUGGCUGCGAAACAUAUCGGCGUCCCAUCAUCGUCAAGAGACCUGGGCAGGAGCACGUGAAACGAGCGCUGUCGUAUAGUGUGUGCUCAGUGUUUGUUCCAGAGAACAAGCGACGCUGUGGAUACGCUGCAAAAAUGAUGACACUGCUACAGCAUCAACUGAGUCCGCAGGGUCAAGUGCCUAAGCUCUUGGACGAGCAGAAAGGAGUCAAAGUCGAAAAGAGUGGGGCACUCGUGGUCGAUUUGGACGCGGGCCACGAGGGCGAGUUCAUGGACGGUGGCAAGUAUGGAGGCAAUGCGACUUGCUCGUUCCUGUACAGCGACAUUGACGACUACUACUCGCAGUUUGGAUGGAAGGUUGUGGGAAACCGUCAUGUCGAGUGGCAGCCUUUUUCUGACGGAGAAAAGCCUGCUGCGCUGCUGAAGGGUGCAAAGUGGCUCCAACCGGAACAGCUUGUCGAGCUUGGCCGACUUGAUCGCCAGAAUCUCCUCUCUCAGCUGCAGAACACUUCCGCUCAAACCGAUGCGAUCCGAUUUUGCCUCGACGACCCUGAAGCAACUUCAUGGCGAUGGCUCAUCGCACGAUCCAACUUCUACGCAACCACACUUCUGCCCAAAUCAGCACCGAAGCCAACGUACUUUGGGCUCAUGCUGCCAUCGUCAGCCGGGAAGGAGGCGGACGCGUCGUAUGUGGUGUGGAUGUUUGACCACAUCGAACGCAAAGUAGCUGUUCUGCGACUGAGAUUCACUUCUGCUACCGCUUUCGCACAACUGGUGGGCACAGUACGGCAACAGGCAGCCGAGUUUGGCAUGAAAAAGUGCGUCGCUUGGAACAUCGAUUUCGCUAGCUUGGGCGUGGACCUUACCAAGGAAGAUCAGGAUCAGCUCGGACAGGGCGAAAGGCUGGACAGGUUUGCAGGAGCGUUGCAGGGCGGUGUGGUAGUAGAAAGGAAAGGUAAGAGCGCCAGUCUACCUGCAUUGGCGUGGUACGGCGACAAGGAGGCCGGCGAGAGGAUCGAAUGGGUCUGCAACGAGUAUGGCUGGUGGUGCUAG